CCCAUUUCCUGGUCCAAUGGAAGUCCGACUGCCACUUCCUCAACGGGACGCAGCAGGUGCACUACCUGGACAGGUACUUCUACGACCGGCAGGAGUUUGUCCGCUUCGACAGCGACGUCGGGAAGUUCGUGGCCGUCACCGAGUUCGGGCAGCCGGACGCCGACUAUUGGAACAGCCGCCAGGAGAUCCUGCAGGACGAGAGGGCUGAAGUGGAUCGCUUCUGCCGGCACAACUAUGAGGUUCUCCAAGGCGCUCCUGUGGUUGGCCGGAGAGGUGAGUCUGG